GAGGGCUGCAGGUUGAUCUUGGUUGCAGAUGAGCGCAGAAUUUAUAAGCGAGAGCAAGUGAAGUGGGGGGGGGUGGGGAGUCCUGGGCAGAAGAAGUACCCAGGCCAGGCGAAUUAUGCAUACGUUAGGCAAACACUGAGAGAAUGGCUGUGGAAGCUAUCCAUUGCAGUCUGAAUCCAAAUGGUAUUGAUCACUCUGUCCAUGCAGAAGGUAUUAACCAGCAAAUUGAAGGCGAAGGCAUUGCAUCUCAAGCCGUUAAGAACAAAACUACCCAGAAAUCACCUGACCUGAAAGAAACACCCAAGCGACAACAGAUUGAGGCAGAGGCAUCUAAGUCUGGCACAGUGAAGCUGUCAAAACCAGUGGCUCUGUGGACCCAGCAGGAUGUCUGCAAAUGGCUGAAGAAACAUUGUCCAAAUCAGUAUCAGAUCUACAGUGAGUCAUUCAAACAGCAUGACAUAACUGGACGGGCACUGCUGAGACUCACUGACAAAAAGCUGGAACGAAUGGGGAUCGCCCAGGAGAACCUCCGACAGCACAUCUUGCAGCAGGUGCUUCAGCUGAAGGUUCGAGAAGAAGUCAGGAACCUUCAGUUACUCACACAAGCCUCAACAGAGGGUUCUCCAUAAUCAUGAUUAGCCUCUAAAGCUGCUGUCCUGCCAGUUGAUAUGAAAGUGGCCUCUCCCUCAUGAAAAGCCGAAAGAACGGCAGUGCCACAAGACGACCUUGGAGAAUUGAAAGAUUAACUGAGCUCCAACCACUCAGUCAAGAUGAUGGGUUUGGGAAAAUCCUAGUUUGCCAUGGAUUUAAAAUGUGGCACAUCAUCUCCAGUGCUAAUUUGUUCCAAGUGGUCAUUGACAGACCAUUAGCUGGGAAAUUGCUUCCAGUUUUCAUCACUGUGCAUAACUUGAGUUCCCUUCGGGGGACUCUCUGUGCCCUUCACUAGAAGUCCCAUUUUAGCAUGGCAACUACUGGAUUCUUUUAUUAUGUAUGCAGAUGGCAUGAUGUUUUAGGAACCAUUACAACAGUUCUGCGAUCUCAGUGGAAAUGUUCACAAUAUUACACCCUGAUAGGAAUGUAAACAUGUCUCGUAUCUGUUAGUUAUGCUGUCUAAAGGUAUUCCGUUCAAUUAUUAAGCACUUUAUAGGUGAGCUCUACACAGAAGAAUUAGCACGUUCUGUAUAUGUGAAGAAAAAAAACCAAGGUGUUCUUUUUUCUUUUUUUCCCCAAAAUCUUGUUCUAUUUCUAGGCUGAGAUUGUCCAAGACAAACUCCACUAUUUACACAUCCUUUGUGGUUUGUGGUAUCUGGGUGUAGAUAUGGUCAUGGUACUGUUAGAUUUCAUCCUAUGUUAUUGAACAACUGUCUUGAUUUGAGCCAGGAACAGAUGAGCAUAGGGGUAGUAGGUGGACCAUGGUGAUUAUGACAUUACCUGUUAUUUUCUUAUACCUAGAUGCCCUCAUAUUGCCCACAAAUAUAAGCAUGCUUAUUUUUUCCAUUGUACCACCAUAAACUUUCUUCUAAUCAAUAGAAGCAGAGAUCUUGAAAACAAGGAGAGGGAUUCCAUUUUCGUCAGCAACCAUGGGUCAGUGGGUAGUGAAGGCAAGAGAAUUUGGUCAUAUCAUGGCUCUUGCUUGACACAAAAUGUUAUGGAAGGAGUCAUAGGUACCAUUACAACAGUUCUGCAAUCUCAGUGGAAAUGUUCACAAUAUUAUAUCAUGUUAGGAAUGUAAACAUGUUUCAUAACAUGUUAUGAGCCUAACAGGCUCCUAGCAUCAUAUGUAGAACCUUCUAAGGCAAAAAAUACAAAACAAGUGACCAAACUGUAUCCCACAAGAAGGAGAUGGCUGUCAGUCCCCAGUAGGAUUUCUUUUCCCAUAAACAACUUCUAACCAUCCUCCAGUUAGUUCUCUUUCUGCUAUUUUACUGUCAAUAUUCGGGGGGAUUUUUUUGUUUUAUUAGAACAAUUUCUAUCUUAGUCCCUCUUGAAGCAUCAGAGCCCACAUGGACCAAUCCUACUUAGCUGAUUCAAAUUUGUUUUCUGAAACCUAAUACCACUAUUUGAACUGAGUCAAGGGUCCAGUAAAGUUUAUCUCUGAGGGUUGACACAUCACCAUCUCAGGCCUCGCUUAUGAAUCCUAGAAAUUGACUUCUUUAAAACCGCAUGAGAUAACUUGUAAUUGACUGGGCUCUUCCCCAAGUUUAGCAUUUAGAGAUAUCUUCAGACCCACAGACUUCAUCUAGUUGACCAUCUUCCCAAGUCUUUGAAAGGGUUUAGCUCAUUGUACCUCUCUUAAAAACUCCCAGCAACGGGGAAAGAAAUCCUCUUGAAAACUCCAGUGAGUCAGAGAGAAGAAUGGAUAAACAGAAGUUUAUCAAGAGAGUGCUAGAGAAAGAAGCCUACUGAGAAAUAACCCCUAAGAUCCCAUAGGGACUCUUUCUCCGCCACCCUAAUCAUUCCCCAGCUACUCCCCAAGUAAAUACCAAGAGAGGAAAGUAUCACUGCAGCCCCAAAAGAGAUUUGUUGGAGUGCCUUUGGGGAAAGCUGACUUGAAAUCUUUAUUCUGUACCGUAGGGCAGGGAUGGGGAACCUGUAUCCUUGAGGCCACGUGUGGCCCUCUAGGUCCUCAAGUGCAGCUCUUUGACCAAAUCUAAACUUCACAGAAUUCUGUUCAGUCAAAGGGCCAUGCUUGAGAACCUAGAGAACCACAUGCGGCCUCAGGGCCACAGGUGCCCCACCCCUGCUCUAGGGUAACCAAACUUGGGUUCAUCAGUCCCUUACAAUUCCAGGCUUUUAGCAGUAUCCCUACCCCACUUCCCCAGCUGUCACCAUGGAAUCAUGCAGGUAGGGCUGAUUUGCUUCAAUCUGUUUACCCUCUCCUGCUGCUUCUCUUGUUGAUUCUUUAUGCAACCCCAAACCCAGGUGUCCCCACCCCACCCCUGGGGAGCACAGCCAGCAUGCGUAACACACCUCUAGCACCUUGCACAUGACAGUCCAAUUGAUAGCCACCUGACCUAAGGCAGCAUGGUAGGUCAGCUACAGAAGUAACAGGUGGUAGAAACAUCCAUCAAUUCCAUCCAUGCCUUAUUCCCAGCUCUUCCCACUCCCAGUUUUCAUCUUGCUUCCAGUUUUGUGUUUCCUGUCCUUAUGAUAAAUACUCAAUACCCCUUUCCCCCAGCCCCAUUCUAUCCUACCCACAUGGGUGUAUGUAUCCAUACAUUUGGUAUGAUACAACAAUAAAACACAGGGUUUAGACUCCCCAUAGUCUUUGUAAAGAAAGACUGCCAGGUUCUCAAGACAUUGUGGAAAUCUGGUGCCCAUGGGGUCCUCCUAGAAUCCCUGAAAGAAUUGUCUGCUAGCUACCAUAUUUGGUCUCUUGCCUUUAUCCCAUGGAACAAAUUAAAGGUUACUGGCAUAUUGUCUAGCCCUUUGGCUUUGGGGAAGUGUAGUCUGAACAUUGAGAUCAGUCCAUUUCCCAGAUUAAAGUCUUAUUGUCACUGCUUGGAAUAAACAAAGGAAAAAAAUUUUUUUUCAAGAAUAUAAAUGCUCAUAAAUCCAUUAAAGAAACAAACAAGGCUUCUUCUAUUGCUUUUUUUCAAAAGUCUCCCGACUUGUUUCAAAUCAAAAGAUCUAGUUAGAGCACUGGUGAGUUGACAUUUGUGAGAAGACAGUUAACCAAGAGGACUCCAGAUAGCUUUUCUAAACAUGUAUUUGUGCCAAGCACUUAUCAUUCAUUGAAAUAGCCAAACUACUGUUUUUCAGAUGGUUGUUCUGUCUCAGUGACUCCCAGGGAUGGUUUGGAAAGCACAGCAUUAUAAAUUCAGGAACAGCUUCAGAUGUGAAAUGGACCUAGUAGAAGCAACAUUGGAUUUAGAAACAGAAGACCCAGGUUCAAAACCUCCCUCUAUCACCUGGAUGACUUCAGGCAAUUGUUUUUCCUCUCAAAGGCUUAAGGGUCUUAUUUGUAAAAUAAGGGCAUUGAACUAGAUGGCUUUUAAAGUCCAUUCCAGCUUUAAAUCUAUGAACCUACGAUUCAACCUUGGGUUCUUUGGUAAAGAGAGUAUGUGGGGGGGAAGGGGGAGCAAAGGGUUGAGCCUACAUAGAUUAAUCAUGGCUGGCUCCCCAAAAUGAUAAACAUUCUUCCUUGAGUAUCCUGUAUAGAAACUUAGAACACUUUGGAGAGAGAGAAAUAUUAGUGUUUGUGAGGAUUUGGGGAGAAUGGCAGCAGGAGAGGCAGGGGUGAAGUAGUACGUUAUUGAAAUACUUAUAAAUUUUUAACAUUCACUUUUCCAUUUUCUCAAAGCCUACCCCACAUCUUCCUGUGAAGAAACAGACUCACACCCACCACUGCAGGGGAAAAUAUAGUUUUGAGAAUGAAUAGGCAUGAAUAAUUAUUAGGAUCUCUAGGGUGCCAAGAAGAGGGUUGGGAAAGAGAUGAGAUUAGCUAACUUUCACUAAGGAACUGAAUUUAAAUUUAAAAGGUUGCAUAAUUUUACAAAUGCACCCUGCGGUUCUCAGACCUCAGAGACUUCCUCUACAUGUCCUACAGGGGCCUCAGAAUUCCCCUAAGGGCUAACAAGGACAGACUGGACAAUUAUGAGUAUACAGUAGAAUUUUCACAAUAAAGACACUUAUAACUCACUAACCCAGCAAAUACUGAAAUAUACUUUAACACCCGGGAAGACAAGGAAUAUCAACCUUAUUUGAGAAAAUAUGUCAAAGAGGAAAACUUCUAAUGGACUUCCCCACCCAUACCCCAUUACCUGGUAAUACUCUUGUUGGCUAACACUCUCUCUCUCCCUCUCCCUCUCCCUCUCUCUCCCUCUUUCUCCCUCUCUCUCUCUCCCUCUCUCCUUCUCUCUCUCUCCCUCUCUCUCUCUCUCUCUCUCUCUCUCUCUCUCUCUCUCUCUCUCGGUCUGCAAAUGUCCCAUGUUUUUAAGAUCCCUGUUAGUUCUUCAGUUCUGGCAAUCCACCUGUUUCCAAAUGUAUUAGCAAGCUCAUUCUGUGCAGUGUUUUCCUCUAUAUUCUUUGGAGUAAUUUUAUUACUUGACAACUGGACUUAAAACUGAUGUAGACACUUUAAAAAAUUAAAUAUUUGAAAAUGACAUAAAUUUUCUUUAUUCCCUGAAGGCUCUUUUUAUUCACCCCUCCCCAAAUCCACAGUAUAUUCCCACCCCCCUUUCUUCUCUUUCCACUUCUCUCUGUCUUUCAUGGUGCUGUGGGUAGGUUUCAGUUAUUUGAUAAAGAGCUCAAACAAAAAAAAAAAACAUUCAUGGAGUCCUAUUCCAACAAAUAAUACCUUCUUGAGUUCGAUGGGGGAGGAACUUGAUUACCACACCACUGUGGUGCAUCAGCUUCCACUCUGGGACAUGACUUUGAAUCAGUCAAUCAACAAGUAGUUAUUAAGCCAGAGUUAGGUACUGAGACUAGGCACCGGGGAUACAAGGACAAAGAAUGAAACAAUCCCUACGCAAAGUAGAGAGGGCCAGGAGGUGAGUUUCAGCUACAUUUCAAGGACAGAUAGCUCAUACUUUCUUAAUCCCCUUACCUCUGCCACAUCUAGAUCUCCUCCUGUCACCACCGAAAUUUCCAGAACUCAGUUUUACAAAACAACAGCAUUAUCCCUGGCUCCUCAGAACUGCCUCAAGGUAAGGGAGAAUAGCAUCUCCAUUAUUUUUUGUACGCUCCUAAUUCUCCAGAGGAAAGUAAGGGAAGACUUUUAAAGACCAACCACUCAUGCUCAGCUUUUUUAAAAGUUAUAAGUUGCUCAAACCCUUGAUUAACUAGUACAAAGUAGAUGUUUCCACUGAGAUUCUAAUUCAGGUAUUUGGAAGGAGUGAUGAUGUUUGCAGCCUUACUGGGUCUUUGCUAUGAUCACCUCCUUGACCCAAAAAAUUCUGAGAUGUAGGUAGUGAGAUUGAGAGAAACUUAAAAGAGAAGUGCCUUCAGGUCCUGAUAGGAUUUGGUCCUCCUGCCCACAAGGAGGAUGACUGCAGAAUGGCUAAAUGUCCAUACAGUUAGGCUAAAGCAGAAGAUGAGAUGUUUUGUAACAGACUUGAUUGAAAUGGGAUUUCACUGGUCAUGAAAUAAAAUAACACUGUUGAGGUACCAGUUGUUCACCUUUAAUUUCAUAUUAGUCAUUGAUAAUUGAAAUAGUAACAACUUGUGGAGAGUGACUUCCCCUUUCCCGUAUAUCUAAGCCUUUUAAAAUUCCGUUCAUUAGGAUUAAAAAAAAAUAGUAGAUGAUUUCAAGCAGUUUCCCAGGCUCUAUAACAAUGAGGCAAAGCUUAGGGCUGAGCCAGUGGUUUCUAUCACAAUACAAUCUCUUUUCACUAUAUGGGGACGGGGGAGUAGGGAAAAAUGAUCUUUAGAUUUUAUUCUUAGAAUGAAGUAACUACCUUUCUUGAUUUCCUUGAGGAGAAUAAGUAAAAGUCUGAUUUUGUGACAUAACCCUGAUAGGGACAGGAGAUGCCUCAGGUUGGGCUUAUCAGGCUAGCCAUUUUCCAGUCCUGCCCCAUCUCUCAAAUAGUCUGACGUUGCCUACCUUCUUCUUUCUCCUUCAAAGAUGUUAGCAUGUCUCAGCUAAAAAGAUUAGCACCCAUGAGAUAUCACACACACACACACACACACACACACACACACACUUCUAGAUCCCACUUCAGUUUAAUUUAAAUUUUAUAGAAGUGAUAUGCUGCUGUAGUCAAUGAGAUCUAGACACCUGCAUCAACUCCCAGGGACUAUUCUUUGCCACAAUUAAUUUUUGGUCUGUUUUCAUCUACACUGAAAAACAAAAACAAAACUUUGUGAAGUCUCGGGGGUAGGAUUUGCCGAUUCUCACUUUCAUAGCUCACACAGUAAGCAUUUGAAAGCCAGGCCUCGAUGGUUUUCUCAACAAGUCUGAGAGGAGUUUUGAAAUAUACAGCUCAAUUCCUGCCCAUAUUUUAAAAGGCAACUGUUGGGGGGUGGGGUAGAGACAUUAAAAAGAAUGUAGCUGGAUCCUUAUUGAAUAUUGUAACUUUGGGGUUGUUUUGUUUGCUUCCAUUCUUAUUCAGCUCUUACCUUAAACCUAAAAAGAUAGGAGGUUGGCCCCCAUGGAGUGGCUAUUAACCCUAACCAGGAAACCCAGCCAGGACCAGUGAGUUCCAGUGGCUUUAAUUUGUGCUUAGAUUUUAAAAACCCCUUUUUUGUUUCUGGAUGAUUUCUCCACUACUAGUCUCCCUUCGUCCACCAAUAGAAAAAACUGCCCUUACAAGGUUAUAUGAACGGCAGCCGUGGUUUGGCCAGUGGAGGCAGCUAACAUUGCAGAGAGCUGAAUAAUGCUGGGAGCUUGACUUUGUGCAGGCUUGGAGCUAUGUCCUGCAUGCCAACCAUAAUUCUAUCAAGAACUACACUUCCAUUUAAGCAAGAUCUGGUCCCAAAUGUUUUGAAGUGAAUCCUGCUGAAAAUCAUCAUUGCGCCUCUAAUCAUGCUACUGGAGACCUGUUAAAGCAAUUCCCAGUUAGUUCAACUAUUUAAUAUCAUUAGUCUCUAUAUUAAAUAGCUUUACACAAAAUUUUAGAAGAGAUCGAUAUCGUAGUAAAACUGCAUAUUAGCAAUAAAAAGCACCUGAGAAGAGAGUAUCGAUCCAUUGUGGUUUCUAUGCUCAGGUUUAUUCUUAGAACGUUGUGGGGGGACAGCAUAGCUAGGAGAAAUGGAAUGAAUAUAUCUUGAAACCAGAACCACCAAGCUAGGGAUCCAAAGACCUAGGGGUCCAAUCCCAGCUCCAUCUUCUACUGUUAAACCUUAGACAAAUAGCUGAGACUCCCUAAGCCUAUUUCAUCUUUAGAAGAAGAGAAACCUGCCCUUCCCACUUUAGUAGGUUUUUCAUUUUCAUGGGGACCAAAUGAGAUAAUAUAUGAAUAUUGUAGUGUGAUACAAAUAAAGGUAUUAUCGUAAGUAUAAUCUGGGUCAGAGACUCCAUGAAAGUAGAAUUUCAUGAAACACAAUGCCUAUUUCUCCUACUUUAUGCCUUAUGAUCUCCACCCACCAUCUUGAUCACAUCACCACCCUUUGGGGGUUAAACCAGGAGAGGAAGUAGUGAUCAACAUAUCCCACAACUGAUUGGCCAAACGAUAUUUGUACUGUCCUGUGGAUCCCAAAGACCGAGGCACUCAUCUGUCCUCCUGACUCCAUUUCCCAAUUCACUGAGCACUCUAGUGAGCUAGCCAGCCAAAGGAGAGAGCUUUGAGUUUGGCUUUCCGGGCAUAGGUUUUCAAUCCCUGCGUUGCUGAAGAGCAGAGGAAGUAUGUAGUUGACGAAUGGCGGGUAAGGAACCAAAUCAUUCUGCCCUGAAUUCUGUCCAUUAGCCACCAUCUAGUAGCAUGGGUUCUGAUGAAGGAAGAUCACAUGAUGUGAAUUGAAUUACAGGUUAGGGAAGGUUUAUUGUAAUAUCAGAAGUAAACCAGUGAAAAUUGUUCACUCCCUCUUUGGUAUACUGCAUGCCUGUGCUUGUGUGCGGGAGCACACACUGUCAGCUAGGUUUAGUAAGUGUGCUUUGUAACACCAUAGCCCUGCAUAGGUCAUAGACCUUUUUCACAGCUUGUGUAAGUAUACCAUAAGCCAGCACCUGCAUUAGCUUCCUGGAAGGGUUUGAUAUACAGGUAUUUUCUUUUUUCAUCACCCACAACUGUGUUUCCUCCCUUUACACCAUAGCACUAUGUCUCUGUAGGCAUCCAAAUAGAGUGAUAACAUCGAGUGCCUUUCUGAUGGGCAUAUAUUGUAUUCCCCUAGGAACCCCAGGGGCAAAAAUGUACAGAAAACCUUAUUUUUCCCAAAUAUGAGAAUGAUUGCACAUCAUUUUAACCUGUUCAUUUCCAUAUUUAAGUGGCUGUCAACAUGUUAAUGCCCAUUAAUCCACUGUUCUAUUUUUUUGCUUUUUUAAUGGUUUUCAAAUGUUUUUAGAAAGAGUUGAUGGGGAGGCAGGCAUUCUCUUUAAAUUGAGUUAAAUGAAAAUUUUCAAAAUGUGUUGUUUUUUCUCUGGUGUCCGUGGGCAUGAUCUCUAGCAGGCUUGGAAAUCUGCUUUAUCAUUUUGUAUACUUGACAAUUUUGUACUCCGCAUUAUUUGACUUCAUAUGUGCAUGGCAAUGUAUUAAAACACAAAAUUUUUAUUACAGUGUAAAAA